GAGGUAUGCAGAUUUCCGCUGGUUGGAGCAGAGGAAGACAAAAAUAUCAGCAACAGAAGAAGUCGAAGUUCACGCCCAUUUUCUGAUUGGUCGCAUUUACCCAUGGAUGCCAGUUCACGAGCCCCAGCAGCGGGCGGGAGCUCACGAGCUUCGAAGCUGUCUUAUAAGUGACUUUGAGGCAGACAGCUUGGAGUCAGUCAUGUAUUCAUUUUCCAUAAAGGUAGAAUAUUGCAGGUCCUUUGAGUACUCUUUGAAGUUGAAAAGCCUCAUGUCUCCUACAAGUUUCUCCAAACGGCCAAAGACCUCCAGAAAGAAACAGCAAUGUCCCAGCUCAGAUGAAGAUGUUAUCAAACGCAGGGUGUGGAGUAAGAGGCAGAGGGUGGGACGAAAGCAGUCACAAGCUGAAGACAAGGUUUGUAGUAUCGACAUUGUGAGCAACAGUGAUAUCAUCGACAUUAUCAACAGACAAGAAGAUACAAAGCAUGUGGCUGAGGAUAAUGGAGAGAUUUUGGUGGAGUUAUGUGACGUCAGAGUUGAUGAUUCAGAUGAAGAGAAAGGAUCUGUCACCAGCAGUGUGGCCUCUGGUCCCUCCGUCCCUUUUACCUACUCUCCCAUGAAGCUGAGAACACAUGUCCUGUGUUCAGCCUGUUGCAAGCUGUACCAGAAGGCAAGGAAGAUGAAGGCACCGCUGAAGGACAAACUCCUAGACAAUGAUCCCACAUCCUUGACAUGUGACCAGUGGAUACUGAUGAAAACAUGGAAAUCACAGAGGGUGUGCAAUACAAGAGGGAAGCUCUUGGUCCACAUCCAGCUGAUUAAGAAACGACUAAAGGUCAACAGUAGUGUAAGGAAAAGUGAAUGGCUCAGUGGAGAGGCAGUAUCGUGCUCCAGACCACACACUUUCCUUCAGAGGAACCUUAGGCGGUGUAUCAAAGUGCUGGUGAAAAGGGGGAGGAAGAAGAACAGAAGAAAGAGAAGAAGAAAUGAUUCUCAGGGUUCUCGCAUUAUUAAGCAGCAGCGUCUCCGCAGUAACAAGCAGCAGCAGCACAUCAGUGUUAUCUGUACUGGUGAUGACAGUCCUCAACCAGUCUACAACCACAGUGAUAGUCCUGUUAUUGGCCGCCGUAGCAGUCCAGAAAGUGGCGAUUCAGAAGAUGCAGAUCUGAGUUUUGAGGUGGUUCCCACUUCAAUUUCCAUGGAAACCACAGCACAAGAGGAUGCCCAAAAUGAAAGGAUCCCGAAGCAAAAAGCACCAAAGGGGGCAGGGCGGUUUAGAGACUUACUUGCACAGUUGCAUGGCAACAACAACAUGGUUGUCAAGGAAAUGAGUUGAGGUGAUUCUCUUGAAGCUAUGGAUUAUUCAGAGCUGACGUACCUGUUUCUCAAUAGAUUUUUUUAUUGUUGAACCUGUUAUUCUAUUGAUCAGCAUGUGGUAUUUACUAUUUACCUGGAAAUACUUUUCCAGCACCACUGCAGAUUCUAGGACACUUUCUUGUUAUUUAUUCUGUCGUAAAUUGCAGUAUGAGUAUGAAUAGAUGUUUUUUAAACAUUAAUUCUCUAUUCCAUAGUUACAUUAGUGACCUGUAGAUGCUCUGAGGUGGCUGCAGAAUACUUUCCAAGUGGGUCAUACAGCUGACAGUGGCCUUCAUCUCAACGUAAGAAUUUGUAAUGCCCUCUCCAGAGCCCAUAGACUGUAUGUAAAGAAGGACAGUGAGACACAGAUUCAUAAGGGGGCCGCCAUGUUGUUUAUGUGAUGUUUUGAAGUAGUGGAUACACAAGGAUGUUUCCUCCUGUGAGGGUGAUGUUGUCUUUACAGUGAUUGGCCCUUUCAGCCUUCAGUCACCUGUUUUAUUGCCAUUAAUAAACUGAUGAAAAAUGAUACUGGCUUGAAAACACAUCAGCCUGGUAUAAUCUAAGAAGUAAUAUUUAUUUGAUGGUUGUAUUUUUUAUUUAAAUUUAUACUGAUGCUACUUGGAGUUUUUUUUUUGGGGGGGGGGGCUGUAUUGCAAUAACCGGCCACUAGGGGGCCAUAGAGAUGUUGUGGUGUCUCUUGAUGAAACCGUCUGUAUAAUUGAGAAACGGGACAUGAGCUCUCAUGACAUGUACCCAGAGCACCAUUAACCAGCAGUUUCAUGCAAUAAAAA